AUGGCAAUUGCAAUUCAAGAGAUAUUUCCGAAUUCUCAUCAUCGUCUAUGUCUUUGGCAUAUCAUGAAGAAACUUCCAGCAAAAUUAGGUGGUCAUGCUCAAUACAAAAUGAUUAAGAAACAAUUGAAGAACAUUGUUUAUAACUCGCUUACAAUUGAUGAGUGUGAUGAGAAUUGGUUGAAAAUGAUUGAGGAGUUUAAUUUGGAGAACAAUGAUUGGUUGAAAUCUUUGUAUAAAGAACGGAAUACAUGGAUACCUGUAUAUGUUAAAGAUCAGUUUUGGGCAGGUAUGUCUACAUCUCAAAGAAGUGAAAGUAUGAAUGCAUUUUUUGAUGACUACGUCCAUUCUAAAACAUCCUUGAAGCAAUUUGUUGAGCAGUAUGAUAGUGCUUUGAAGAAAAAAAUUAAGAGUGAAAAACAUUUGGAUUUUGUUUCUUUUAAUUCUAUCAUGCCACUUAUUCUUGGUCAUCCUAUUGAAAGACAAUUUCAAAAUGCUUACACUAACAACUUAUUUAAGUUGUUCCAAGAUGAAAUAAGAGGGUUGAUGUUUUGCAAUGCCUCUUUGUUGAAAGAAGAAGGGACAACUUUGAUAUUUGAAGUAGUAGAAACUAUGUUAGGAAACAAUGGAGAAUCUGGAAUCUUAUGUAGGCAUGUGAUCAAAGUAUUGAUAAGAAUGAAGGUGAUUGAGGUUCCUAAGAGUUACAUUAUUGACCGAUGGCGCAAAGAUAUUAAGCGUGAGUAUCAAAGUAUCAGUAACAUCUAUGAUGAUUAUGGUUGUGGUGGAGAAAGACAUCGGUAUAAUAUUCUCACUCCAUUAAUACAAGAGGUUCAACAACUUGGCGCAAAAAAUGAUGACAAUUUUUCUGUUUUGGUGGAAAUCUUGAAAAACACGAAGGAAAAACUGAUUGCAAGUGAUCUUGAGCAUUCAAGGGUUGAACAACUGGAAAAAGUAUCUGCAUCCGGUGCAAAAAUGAUACACUCUCCAUUAAAAGUAAUAUCUCGAGGUCGUCCACCUACAAAGAGGAAACAAUCAAAGAUUGAACAAAUUGUGAAUAAAAUCAAUUGCAAAGGCCCGAAAGAAACUGAUGGAAAGAAGCUUGAUUACAGACGAGUUCUUAUGGAUGAUGAACAUGGAAAAACUGUGCCAAAUUGGAGGCCUCGAAGGUUGGGUGGUGGACUUGGUACAACUAGGACUGGAAGUGAAGAAUUUACUCAGAAGCAUUCUGUCAGGCUGAGGUACUUGUCAAAGCGCAAAAAUGCCACUGCUUUAUCACAAAGAAUAAGAGCUGCUGAAAUCAAACAGUUUGCAACUGCAGUUCUGAGAACAAGUAGAUUCUAUUGA